GGUGAUCGGUCUUGGAGGUUUUGACAGUUUCAACUAUUAUGUUUCUGCUCGUUUCCUCUGAUCUUAUAAUGUAGUUUGGACUUGUAGUGUCGUUUUUUUAAAAAUUCAUGAAUGAAAAUUUGUGUUAGAAUGCUCUUGGAUUAAAACUUAAACAUGGUCGAGCUGGAUUUUUCGUGCACGGGAGCUGUUCCCGAAAAUGGGGUACCCGAUAUGACUUGCCUCACCGUCCUUGACGAAGAAGUCAUCAACAAGAAUCUCAAGCUUCGAUAUGAAGCCAACAAAAUAUACACAUACACUGGUACUAUUCUUGUUGCAGUCAAUCCCUACAAGGACAUUGACAUUUACAGUCAGUAUUACGUGAACCAAUAUCAUGGCAAAAAAAUGAGAGAUGUGGAACCUCAUGUUUUUGCCCUGGCAGAAGCUGCAUACAGUUCUCUUCAAACUCAUAACCCUGCAAGAGGGCAUAUAAACCAAAGCUUAGUGAUAAGUGGUGAGAGUGGAGCUGGUAAAACGGAGUCUACUAGAUUUAUCUUGCAGUAUCUUUGUUCUGUUACCAGUGGCGUGUCUACAUGGGUGGAACAGCAAAUUCUGGAAGCCAAUACCAUUCUAGAAGCGUUUGGUAAUGCCAAAACUGUUCGAAAUGAUAAUUCAAGUAGAUUCGGUAAAUUUAUGCAAGUAUGUUUUGAUUCAAGAUGGAUGAUAGCGGGAUGUAUAGUGCAAGAUUAUUUAUUAGAACAGUCCAGGAUAACGUUUCAAGGAUCGGGCGAACGAAAUUACCACGUGUUCUAUCAACUAGUCGAAGAAGCCAAGUUUAACCAAGAACUAGCCAAACAGCUCUACCUGAGAGAUGCCAAAUUCUACAACUAUCUAAAUCAAUCGGAUUGCAUCAAAAUAGAGGGAGAUUCAAGAAGACUUGAUAGUUUAAUGUUAGCCUUUAAUGUACUUCAAGUACCUGCAAACAAAUGCAACGGAAUAUUUCAAGUUUUGUCUGCCAUCUUGUGGUUAGGCAAUCUAACUUUCGAAGACAUCGACGGUGAAAGAUGUCAACUGACCAAAGACGAUGAGGAUAUUAUCGAAAUUUUAUCCAAGUUAUUAGGAUUAGAAAUGGACAACAUUAGACAGGUUGUGCUUCUGAGACAGAUUAACGUUAGAGGGAAUAUUACAGAAAUACCGCUAAAACUGCAGGAGGCUAGGGAGAACAGACACGCGAUGGCCAAAGCGUUGUAUUCUCGUACGUUCGCGUGGCUAAUAAAUCACAUCAACAACUGCACAAACCCAGGUCAGGAUUCGACAAGAUUUAUUGGCGUUUUGGAUAUUUUUGGCUUCGAAAAUUUUGCGGUAAACUCAUUCGAACAGUUAUGUAUUAAUUACACGAACGAGAAACUACACAAAUUUUUUAACCAUUACGUUUUUGCUUUGGAACAGGAAAUAUAUAUUCAAGAACAAAUCCAAUUUAACCACAUAGCUUUCACUGACAACACAUUAUGUUUGGAAUUGUUAGAAAGACCACCACGAUGUGUUUUAAGGCUGUUAUCAGAACAGUGCCAUUUACCAAGAGGUUGUGAUGCUUCCUAUAUAACCAAUCUUCAUUCUGAAUUCGAUAAUCACGAGAGAUAUGUAAAAGGUGAAGAUAGAAGAAAAUGGGAAACAGAAUUUGGAAUCAAACAUUAUGCAGGCUGUGUUACUUACAAUGUCAAAGGAUUUGUAGACAAGAACCGAGAUGUUCAACAAGAUGUAUUUUUUGACAUUCUUUCUAGAAGUAGUAAUGAGUUUAUUCAAGAGUUGUAUACUUUCCAAGAUCUUUCCAGUACGCUAGCCCAGAGAACAUUACAAGUGAAUGGAGUUACUUCCACGGUAUCGAGAGGGACAAGUAAGGGCAAACCUACUGUUUCAGAUACUUUUAGGCAUCAACUUCAAGCACUUGUUGAUGUUUUGCAGUCAACUACUCCAUGGUACGUGCGCUGCAUCAAACCUAACAAACAUAAACUUGCAGAUAACUAUGACGAUCAGUUAGUAUUAGACCAGCUCAAAUAUUUAGGAAUGUUAGAUAUAAUAAGAAUACGAAAGGAGGGCUUCCCAAUCCACAUGAGCUUCGAAGAUUUUGUGAUUCGAUAUCAUUGUCUGUCCAAAAAUAGGCUGCCUCCGGAUAUGACCAACGCAUGUCUUAAUCUUAUCGAGACCCACAAUGUGCCAAAGACGGAGUGGCAGUUAGGAAAAACCAAAGUAUUUUUGAGGCCUCAUGUUCACGAACCAUUGGAAGAAGCUAGGAACAAAUUAGUACGAUCUCAAGCUAUAUUAAUACAAAAAACGUUUAAAAUGUACACCAAACGGAAAGAUUACUUAAAACUUAGAAGUGCUGUACUGAAGAUACAACAUGCCUAUAAAGGCUGGAAACUGAGAAUUGAAUUUUUAAAGAAACGCAGAGCUGCCAUCGUCAUCCAAAGUCAUCUAAGAGGAGCUUUUGCUCGUGAAGUUGCGGCAGCGCUGAGGGAAAUGCGUAGGGUCGAAGAAGAGAUGAGAAAGAGAGAAAAGUUAGAAGAAGAACGGAAACAAAGGGAAGCUGAAAGAAAACGAAAGGAAGAGGAGGAGGCUAAGAGAUUGCAAGAACAAAAUCAAUUAAACGACAUUCCACCACCACCCUCGUUUGCUCAGGAAACUGAAGAUUUAGAAAAGUGCGAAAAAGAGGCCGAACAAGAGAUAGCCGCCCUGUCACAAAUGGCUGAACAACUAAAACAUAACAGACAAGAAGGUCCUGCCGAAUCCGUAGAUUUGGAUAAUCUCUUCGCCUUUCUUUCCGAUGUUCAACCAGCCAACCGUAAUAAAAUCAUUGAAGAAAUCGGAGAAAAGAUGGAUGAGUUGGUCGAGGAUCUUGACGUUGAACUAGAGACGGUGAUUCAACAGGAGCUAGAAGGAUUGGCGCAAGAACAACAACAACCUACACCACCGAAGAUGGGACUCCCGACCCUUCCGGAACCAACAGGUCCUCCUCCACCACCACCUCCAAUUGAUUUUCAGGUUGUACCAGAACCCCCACCAGUGCUGGUCGAAGCAGAAACAAAGAAUACUACCGACGAACCGAUCUAUGAAGCUGUUCUUCCAAGGGAAGAACCAGUUCCUGUUUGUGUGUCUCCACCUCCUCUUCCAGCACCUCCAAGCCGAUUAUCUUCAGAAUCUCCGAAACCUACUCCUUGUGUGUCGAGAUCCAGUAGUGGAGUGCAUCCAACUUGGCGAUACUCACACGAUCAUCAACAACAACUACAGCUACAACAGCAACAGCAACAACAGCAGAUGCUUCAACAGCAAGAAAUGCAAAAUAACGCCGAGAAAGAACAGAGACGCAAGUUCCGGGUAGAAAAGAAAUUACAAGAACUUAACGAAAAUAAUGAAAACGAGAAAAUCACCGAUGAUAUUCAACUAGAUAUGGUGGAAUUUGCUAAUAGUUAUUUCAACGCUCAUGAAAGAAGUCCUGAAGGUACUAUCAUGGCUACUUUAACGAGGAAGAGACAAAGCUCAGAAAUGAUUCCGAAGGAAGAGAUGGUUAUAUACUAUAAAGGGAAUUCGAUACCAAAUUCCCAUAUUCAUUUAUAUGAUCCCGACAAUAUAAAUAUUGCUUGUAGUAUAUUCCGGGAUUUAAACAAAUAUAUAAGAGGGGAACUGAAUGGCGAACGCGAACUUCAAGUUAUUCAGUCAAUCGUCGGAUAUGCAUUAGAACGAGAAGAACUAAGAGACGAAGUACUUGUUCAAUGCAUGCGUCAAGCCACAAAUAACCCAAGCACAGAGGGAACUGAAAGAGUAUGGUUGUUGUUGUGUCUGUGUGUGGUUUCCUUUCAGCCAUCCAAAUUAUUAUAUAGAUAUUUUGUAUCUUUCCUGAAAAAGAAUAUCGUACAUCCCGGAAAAAUCAGCCAAUACGUUCAAUGGUGCUUGGACAAUUGCAAUAACAACAAAGUUUCCGUUCGGGAGCACCCUCCAUCAUCAGUAGAAGUAGCUGCCAUGAAGAGGCUUGGUACAAUAGUAUGCAGAUUCUUCUUCCUGGAUGGUCGCACUAAAGCAAUAGAUGUCCAUCCGACAGAUACAGCUGGAGAUGCAGCCAAAAAAUUAGCAGAAAGAUUAGGUUUAAGAAAUUUGGAAGGUUGGGCUAUUUACCAAAGUCGACCAGAUGGAGAAGAACAUGUUAGAGCUCAUCAUUAUUUAUAUGACAUUAUUGCCCAAUGGGAACUCAAUCAAAAUAAGUUGGUACCACCAAGUGGUUUAUCGACGUUAGGAAGACGAAGCGGUCAAACCGUAAGUGGAGGAGAAAAUAGAUUUAUUUUUAAGAGAAGGCUCUUCAAAUCUAGUCGUGAACUUAGUCAAGAUCCUGUAGAAGUUAAUUUAAUGUAUGCUCAAGCUGUACAUAGUGUUGUUAAGUGUGAUGAUUUUCCUGUAACAGAAAAGGUUGCUUUGCAAUUAGCUGGCUUACAGGGACAAGUAGCUUUAGGAAAUCCCAAAGAUAAUAACAAACUCGAGUACUAUAAUGAUAUUGACACAUAUCUACCUUAUAGGAUAAGUAGGACAAGAGGAGAUGAUGUGUGGGUGCCGAUAAUUGCUCAAGCUCACAAACAAUAUGGUGCAAACCGCACUGAACUCACAGCCAAAGCUCUCUAUUUGUCGUGUGUUAUGCAGUACCCGUUAUACGGUACCACGAUGUAUCCUGUUACGUAUCGCGGUUACUGGUCAUAUGGUAAUGCCUUGACGUUAGGUGUUAAUAGCGAAGGAAUCAUGUUAAUAAAAAACGACGACAAAUUCGUGCUAAACGAGUUUCACUAUCAGGACGUCGAAAGCAUCCUUCUUGACCCAAGUGAUAGUUUUAUUACAAUAACUUUACAAAGACACCUCAACGACAAUAAUCAUAAAUGUUACGUGUUCGAAACACCACAAAAGAACGAAAUAGGCUCUCUGAUAGCUAGUUAUUGUCCUUCUUUAGCUGGAUGGCUGACAGAAAGCGAAGCUCCGACGAAGAAAGUUAAGCCGAUCACUAACGAAGAUAGAGUUAGACUCUAUCAUAAUCUAGUCAACUGUAGACGAGCGUUGGUAGAUCACGAUAUACUCAGAAAACCCAUUGACACAUCAGGAAACUUCUUGAGAAAUACUUUAAGGAGGUUAAGCAAGCAUAAGCUGGAUAAACUAAGGCAGGAGCACGGAGGGGAUACUGGUGAAACAUAUAAAGGAUUCCACUAUGCGUUUUGGGCUUUUAGUAGACAAUUGUUACCGCAAAGUAUCAGUAGAAUUCCCGAACCAGAUGAACAGAUUAUGUUACAAGUAUUCCAGAUUAUUUUGACUUAUGCCGGUCUUGGACAGAAUGGUGAGGUUAUCCGCAGAGUGGAAGAUGAACACGUUACUCUUCUACAGACGAUCCUGGAGCGGUGUAUGAGGAAAGAAUCUUUACUUUGCGAGCUUUAUUUACAAUUAAUAAAGCAAACCACUGACCAUCCCGAUCCUAAUUCCAGAGUUAAUCUGAGACACUGGGCUUUGUUGUCACUCGCUUGCUCUGUAGUUUUACCGCCAAAUAAAGCCAUACGAAGAUACCUCAUUGCACAUUUGAAACGAUGUAGUUCUGACUUUGUUACAGAAGAAGGAAAAUAUGCAAGAUUCGCGGAAAAAUGUCUGUCUAAAACGCAAGGUACUCGGAGAAGACAAUGGCCUCCAUCUAGAGAAGAAAUUCUUUGCACGAUAAACAGAAGACCUGUUUAUGCUAGGUUCCACUUCAUGGACGGACAAUAUCAUUCCGUAGAAUUCCAUCCGUCUGCCACUGCCAAAGAUGUUCUUGAAGUAGUUAGAGACAAAAUUGGACUAAGUCAAGAGGCAAAAGGUUAUGCAAUAUAUGAAGUGUUAGGAAAUUCAGAACGUAGUUUAGCAGCUGAAGAAAAAGUAGCUGACGUAAUGGCAAAGUGGGAGAGAUAUAGAGCCGCAACUACUGCUAAUGCAGUUAAUAAUACUGGUACCGCUAAGAGAGCUAGACCUCAACACCACUUUUUCCUAUUUAAGAAACAUCUCUUCAUGGAUAACUUUAUUAAUUUAAACGAUCCUGUCGAGAAAGAACUCUUAUACCAUCAAGUAUUACACGAUUUAAGAACCGAUCGGUUUCCUAUAACAGACAAAGAAGCGAUGAUGCUGACGGCACUCCAAUCUCAAUUGGAACUGGGAGAUUUGGAAGAAAUUAUUCACGACUAUAGACCCAUCGCUGCCCAUUGCUUACCAGCGCGUAUGGUACCGAUGUUGCCUUGUGAAGGAGUCCAAAUGCACCAUCAAUCGUUAAGAGGAAUGACACCUUCUGAAGCAAAACAAGCAUUUUUGAAUCUCAUCCAAAGUUGGCCGUUACAUAAAGCGACUAUAUUUGACGUUAUGCAAUCCUUUACAUCAAACUGGCCUCGAGUCUUGUGGUUGGCCGUUGACCAAAAAGGACUUCAUCUUCUAGAACACCGUUCUCGAAAUGCUUUGUGCACAUACGACUACAACAGCAUCCUCAGCUACUCUCCUGCUCUUAACUGUCUCAUGAUCAUCACAGGAAGCGAUCGCAAACAGAGUAAAGUCAUUCUUACAACAGCGCAGGCGUUCCAGAUAGCAACACUUAUUAAAGAAUAUACAGAGGAGAUACACGGCUACGCGGUGGAUCAGAGACGAGCUGAACAACAGCCGAAAACUCGCCCGAUCAGCGGAUUACACCACAAUGCUCCCAUGGUACCUCCUCAGCCUAGCUAGAAGAGGGUUACUUUCGCAGACCAAGUUGGUAAACCAAACUAUUAAAUGGAGUCGGGUUUACUCGAUCAGUUGGUAGAAAUAUUUUUUAUGAGGCUGAGCUCAUUUUAUUUUUGCCAUUGGCAUUUUAAAUUUUAUUCUCGAUUAUAUAGAUAUAGAAAUUUCCAUUAUUUUGCUACUCGCUGUAUUUAUUCCUUACUUUUUGACUGCUCCUGCAGCAGAUAUAAUAUACAAGCGGUGUGGCAAAGGUCGAAAUGUUCUUCUGAAAGGCAACAUCGUUGUAUUCUUUAUUUGUUAUACAAAUUAUACAUAUAACGGUGCAUUUCCACAAUGAAAAAUAAUCGAUCUACUCAUACUUUGUCUGUCUUUAUCUAGUCUUAAUAGCUACCAAAAUAGUAUCUUCAUUUUUAUGGCAAGUGAGUUUCAGUCAGCUAUUCUUUAAAUAUCUCAACAUCCUUUGUGUUGCCUUCAAAUUAAUAAUUGAAGCCAUUGGUACAUUUAUGAGUUUUUAAUAUUGGUUGUUUUAUUAUCUUAUCCAAGACUCAUUAAAAUAUUAUGUAGUUAAUAGAAAAGUUAAUGAUAAGAUAAAGUCGACCGAUAAACAUUAACUAGUUUUGAAUAGAAAAAUUGCAAAAUUUCUAACUUUUUUUAGAAAAAUUUUAACCCAAAAACUCAAUAAUUUAACCAUCGUCUUUUACUAACGGCUUCAAUGAUAUUAUUUUAACAGGAACAUAUUUUAUUUAUUGUAUCAUUGUUCUACAAGUUUGUUACAGCUCAUUUAAGUACUUCUACCGACUGUCUUUGCACAUUCGUCGUUCUGCAAUAUUGCAUAGUGCCGAAUAUGCUGGUCUGCGAAAAUAUUGUUUUUUUUGUGAAACGUGUUAAAUAUACUAAAAUGUUUUAAGAGUACUAGUACCAAUAUUUACUAAGAGGACUUUGUAUCAAUAAGAUUUACAACCAGUUUUUUACUUUACAACCAAUACGCUGCUCCAAAAAAUUAGAGACCAUCAUGCUAUAAAUCAUAUAACCAUAGGUAUCACUAAAGUAUUUUGGAUCUACUGAGUCAUUCGUAUGGUGCAUUAAUAAAUUUGUUUGUUGGGGUAUGUAAUAGUUGCAUAUCUUAUGAAUUUAGGAUUUAUUAGAAACAUAGAUAAAAUAAAUAUCAUAUUGAGCGAUAUUUAAAUAAAACUAGCAGUUCGAGAUUAUAGUUCGGAAUUAUCUUAUUUACUACUCUAAACUAACAUCAUCGUUCUUUAUAAAUAUAAUAAUAUCUAAAUGGGGAUAUUUGAGAAAUAUCGAGAAUGAUCCGCCCAUCUCUAGUAACGCUGUGUCGCUUCUCGUAAUACGUCUCGUUCGCGGAACUCUAGAGCAUGUCGAGUUGGAACCGUUAUUCGCGGUCGGUCGAAAUGAACUUAUUUCGGUACAAUAUACACAAUUUGCCCAUUUACAUCGGGCAGUGGACUACAUUGAUUUACAGGAAUAUGCCAGUGGAUCUAAAAUUUAUUGCAAACCUCUUAUAAAUUUAACAUUGGUGAUUACAAGUAGGACACACAUUUGGUAUAAACGAAAAACAAAAAUACUUACUAAUUUCAAACUAUCUGAUCCUCCUUCGCCGAUUAGAGCGCAGAGAUCUCACAAAAAACAUUAAUUAUAUAAAAUCUAACCUUUCUUAGGCAUACAUGCCAAAUUUUAGCACGAUCCAUCUAUUAGUAUAUACAGAGAGAGUCUGUAAAGUGGAAUAAAUUCAAUAUCUCAAAUACUAAUUGUUUUUUUGGAAAAUGCUCAGACCCGUCGAUUAG